UGGUUCUUCCCGGUGAUGGUCGCCCUGGUCUGCCAUGCCAAGAGCGAGACUGAGCCCAGCAACAUGUCCUACGUGAAAGAGACGGUGGACAGAUUGCUCAAAGGAUACGACAUUCGCCUGAGGCCGGACUUCGGAGGUUCUCCCGUCGGCGUCGGGAUGAGCAUCGUGAUCGCCAGCAUCGACAUGGUCUCGGAAGUCAACAUGGACUAUACGCUUACCAUGUAUUUCCAACAGUCCUGGAGGGAUAAAAGAUUAUCGUAUUCUGGAAUACCUUUGAAUCUGACUUUAGAUAACAGAGUGGCUGACUAUCUCUGGGUACCAGAUACGUACUUCCUGAAUGACAAGAAAUCCUUCGUUCAUGGAGUUACAGUGAAAAAUCGAAUGAUUCGGCUUCAUCCAGAUGGAACAGUUCUUUAUGGAUUACGGAUCACCACCACGGCUGCGUGCAUGAUGGAUCUACGCAGAUACCCUCUGGAUGAACAAAACUGCACACUGGAAAUUGAAAGCUAUGGAUACACAACUGAAGAUAUUGAGUUCUACUGGAACGGAGAGGAAACAGCAGUCACGGGAGUGAACAAAAUUGAGCUCCCCCAAUUCUCAAUUAUUGAUUACAAGAUGAUCUCAAAAAGAGUGGAAUUUGCAACAGGGGCAUACCCUCGGUUGUCGCUGAGUUUUCGGCUCAAAAGAAACAUCGGUUACUUCAUUUUGCAAACCUACAUGCCUUCGACUCUGAUCACAAUUCUGUCAUGGGUAUCUUUCUGGAUCAACUAUGAUGCAUCUGCUGCAAGAGUGGCGCUAGGAAUCACCACUGUGUUGACGAUGACUACCAUCAGCACUCAUCUCAGGGAGACACUGCCAAAGAUUCCGUACGUGAAAGCAAUCGACAUCUACCUAAUGGGCUGUUUUGUGUUUGUGUUCCUCGCCUUGCUGGAAUACGCAUUUGUAAACUACACGUUCUUUGGGAAAGGCCCUCAGCAACAGAAGAAGGCGGCAGAAAAGGCCAGUAGUGACAAGAGAAAGGUGGACGUGAGUAAAGUUGAUGCCCGUGGGAAUAUACUCCUUACCACCCUGGAAAUGAGGAACGAAAUCAGCAGCUCUGACGUGCUCGCAAGCACAAAUGACCCGAGAGCCACCAUGUAUUCCUACGACAGUGCCAGCAUCCAUUACCGAGUCCCUGCGUCCACUAGAGACCUCUACAGCCGGAGCACUUUGGAUCGGCACACGGUCCAUCAAAAGGGACGCUUGAGGAGAAGAGCGUCGCAGCUCAAAGUCAAAAUCCCAGACUUGACUGAUGUAAAUUCCAUAGACAAGUGGUCCAGAAUGGUCUUUCCUAUCACAUUUAUUCUUUUUAACAUCAUUUACUGGCUUUAUUAUGUGCAUUGA